ACUAGUUCUUGCAGUCGCGCUGGAAAGAGACGACGACGAGGGAGAGAGGGAGAGGGAUAAGGGCGAGGGUAAAGGGGCGGCCUUUGUUUAAAAGGAGGCAAUAUAGCAAAGUUGAAGAGGAAAUGAGGGGUUUUGUAAUGCAACCGUGGGAUUCCAUCGGUGGAUUUUGAUCAUUUGAGAGGAAGCAGGGCGGAGAGCUUGGCUUGGGUGAGAGGAGAGAGGAGAAGAAUCCUCUUCUGAUGCACUUCCGUUGAAACAGGGAGAAAGUUGGAGGCAGAGGGGAAAGAUGGUUGAGGACUGCUCUGCCAUCAACAAGGAUGCUUUUGGGACGAAGCCUCACAAGAAGUAUCCAGUUGUGCUGAGAACUGUUGUUUUAUCUUUGGUAAUGAUUAGCAGUGUUUAUAUAUGCUCAAUAUGUAUUAAGCAGAAGGGGUUCAUAAUCAAUCCCAAUGUAAUGAGAGUGGAAGUGAAGGAUCAACCUUGUAGGCGUCCUAGCAUUCCAUCAUCUGAAUUUCCAUAUAUUCACUACCCGGACCCAACGACUUAUAACAGAAAUGAGUGUGCAUGUACGCCGGUUCGAUUUUUUGCUCUAUUGUCAAUGCAAAGGUCUGGUAGUGGUUGGCUUGAAACCUUGUUGAAUAGCCACAUCAAUAUUAGUUCGAACGGUGAGAUCUUUUCCGUCAAAGAAAGACGAAGCAAUAUUUCAACUAUCAUCGCCACCUUGGAUAAAGUUUACAAUUUAGAUUGGUAUAGCAGUGCAUCUAAAAAUGAGUGCACUGGUGCUGUUGGCUUCAAAUGGAUGCUUAAUCAGGGUCUGAUGCAAAACCAUGAAGGCAUGGUUGAAUAUUUCAAGAAGAGAGGAGUUACUCCUAUUUUCCUCUUCAGAAAAAAUCUUCUUCGCAGAUGGGUCUCAGUUCUUGCAAAUGCUCAUGACCGAGAUUCCAAGCAACUGAAUGGAACUCAUAAAGCGCACGUACAUUCAAGGCAUGAGGCAGAUGUUCUUGCAAGCUAUAAGCCCAACAUUGAUGUGACAAAGCUUUUCCUGGACAUUAAUCAUACUAUUAAAUGGAAUGCAGAUGCAAUUCGGUUCUUCAAUAACACCCGUCACAUUGUCCUAUACUAUGAGGAUAUCGUUCUUAAUCGAACAAAAGUGGUGGAUGUUCUUGAUUUCCUAAGAAUGCCACAUAGAGAGCUCAAAAGCCAGCAUGUCAAGAUCCAUACAAGACCAUUACCGGAUCAAAUUGAGAACUGGAAGGAAGUCUCCCAAUCGCUGAAGGGAACCAAAUUUGAAAGUUUCCUGCACUCUGACUAAAGAAAAUAGAAUGGCUAACCACAAGCAUGGCUGCUGUAAAUAUACUUUACAGGUAUCAAUUAGUGUUGAUACUCGUUGCUUCAUCUGAUCACCUUUUUAUGCGAAUAAGGAAAUUUUGGCGAAGGCAAAAAGGUCUUUGUCUUCCUAACAGAAAAGUUCUCUCAGAUGUAAGAUUUGCUUUUCUUAUUCUUUUUCUUUCAAUUUCAUUUAUUGGUAACGUAACUGUUUUGUGCAACCUGGCAAAUUAGCAAGUUUGCUUUUGAGUUGCUUCUGGUACUUUUGUUCAAAGAAUUCUUCAAUUUAAUACAAA